CUUCAACGCUCUUUCCAUUUAAGUCACACAAGACGUUUUGGUGCUGCCACACACAGAAAUAUGGUUUGAACACGUAUCAAUUUAUACAAGUUAACAUUUUUUGAAUUCAUUAUGGAAUGCCAAUCACCAGCUUCCUUGCUUUUUCUUAUUCCUUUACUCUUCUUGUUGUUACUUCGGCUCGCAAAGCCAAAAAAUAGAGCUAAGAUCCAAAUCCCAGGGCCAUGGAAGCUUCCUGUGUUGGGAAACCUUCAUCAGUUAGCAGCAGCAAGCUCGUCACUUCAACACCAUGCUCUUCAUGAACUAUCCCUGAAACACGGACCUCUCAUGCACCUUCAACUGGGUGAACUUUCUACAGUGAUAAUAUCAUCCCCUGACAUGGCCAAAGAGAUCAUGAAGACCCAUGAUCUUGCCUUCGCGCAGAGGCCAUGUACUUCUAGUGCUAAGAUUGUUUCUUAUGGAUCAGCAGAUAUUGCUUUUGCUCCGUACGGCAAUUAUUGGAGACAGAUGAGGAAAAUAUCUACUCUAAAGCUCUUAAGUUCCCAGAAGGUUCAGUCAUUCUCCCAUGUACGACAAGAUGAGGUAUCUAAGCUCAUGGAGUCAGUUCAAUCGUCAAUAGGUUCGGUAUUCGAUCUCACGAGCAAGAUUUACUAUUUGACUAGUUCUAUAGUUUUGAGGGUAGUGAUUGGCGACAAUCCUAAAGAUGGUGUAGAACUCGUUCAGUUGCUCCAUGCCGUAUCGAAACACUUGGGUGAGUUUCACUUUGCUGAUUUGUUUCCUUCAAAUAAGCUUAUCUGUCUCAUGACUGGAACGGAAGCAAGGUUGGGGAAGAUUCAUGAGAAAGUAGACAAGAUUUUAGAAGAUAUUCUCCAGGAGAAUCUAAGGAAGCUUAUGAAAUCAGAAGGAGGCGAUGAUUGUAAUUUGGCAGAAGAAAAUCUGCUUCAAGUUCUUUUGGGGAUCCAGAGAAGUGAAAGCCUUGAUGUCCCACUUACAACCACAAACGUUAAGGCUGUUAUAUGGGAUAUGUUUAGUGGUGGAACCGAUACUUCAGCGUCACUAUUAGAGUGGGCUAUGUCAGAAAUGAUGAGAAAUCCAAGAGUGAUGGAAAAGGCACAAAAUGAGGUUAGAAAUGCUUUUAAGGGAAAGAAAGUAAUUGAUGAUAAUAGUGAAAUGUCACAACUGAGUUACUUAAAAUCAGUAAUAAAAGAAACAUUGAGGUUACACCCGCCAGUUCCAUUGUUGCUCCCAAGAGAAUGCAGAGAAACUUGUGAGAUUAAGGGAUAUGAAAUACCCAUCCAAACUCAAGUAAUAAUAAAUGCAUGGGCACUCGGAAGAGAUCCGAAUUACUGGUAUGAUGCUGAGAGUUUCAUACCAGAGAGGUUCCAAUCAGGCAAGUCUGAUAUUGACUUCAAAGGAACAAACUUUGAGUUCAUCCCUUUUGGAGCAGGAAGGAGAAUGUGUCCAGGGAUUUUAUUUGGUUUGGCAAGUAUUGAGCUUCCUCUAGCUAGCAUGCUGUACCACUUUGAUUGGGAACUCCCAAAUGGAAUGGAACCAAAAGAUUUAGACAUGACGGAAACCGUUGGUCUUGCAGCUAGAAGGAAGAGCAAUCUGUGUUUGAUUCCCACACCAUACAAAAAUUGCUACUCUUCUUGACUGAAGUAUACCCACCUUACGUUUCUAUCUAUCUGUUUAUUUACUUGUACAAUUAAAUUUCAUGAUGUAUUUUCGAACUUUUGUUAUUUGACUAUAAUUUAAGGCUUUAUUAAGACGACUGUGAUUUCUGUAAAUUGCUGCGUGAUAAAAUAGCAUAUAUGAUUGUUGUAUUUGUGUGUUGUUUGUUUUGAA